CACUUAUAGCGUCCAUCGCCGUUAAACACUUGGUCUUAGUGUCCUAUGAGAAGUGCUUCUUAAAGAAAUGACGUCAAAGGUUGUACGGUUGAUCCUUUUAGGUCUGGUUUUCGCCAGCGUUUCCAGCUUUCCUCAGGGUGAAGAAGGGGAUGGCCGUUCAGAUGAAGCCAAUUCAGAAGAAGAUUUCGACGAUGUAGGAGCCUACGGAUACGAAGAUAACCACCAGUCCCAGUCGUACGCAGGGUUUGAGCUGAACGAAACCCCUGAAGAACGAAUACAGCUUGGCCACCAUAAGGACAAUGUUGAUUAUCAUGCACACCCAAAAUACGCAUUUCAGUACGGUGUUGAGGAUCCCCACACUGGUGAUAUGAAAUCAGCCCAUGAGGAAAGAGAUGGCGACAAGGUAAAAGGCGAGUACAGCGUUGUCGACCCUGACGGCACGAUUCGCACAGUCAAGUACACUGCUGACGAUGUCAACGGAUUCAACGCCGUCGUUCACACUCACCAUGGGGCCAAGUUUUCCGAUCUUGCCGAUUAUUGAAAUGGUGACCACUUGAAGGCAUAUCAGGAGUGUCUUCUUGAAAGCUGCUUGUUGUGUUUCAAAAAGACAUACGCAAGGCAAAUAACAGCUUGAAUCUGUGAUAAUUUGAAUAACGUAAAAAAAUAAUUUAAACCUUUGUUUUUUUUAUACUUUUAUAUUUAAUUUUUAUCA